GAACACCGCCUUGUUCUCAUGAAUCCCCAUUGGUCAGACUAAAGCUCCUGCUGCCACAAUACUGCACACACGUGACCCAGCUUUUCUGUACACACAGUAAAACACAGCAGGCACUUAAAAGCCAACGCCAUGGCGCUUUGACCACCAAUCUCACCCCAUAUCCAAACAAUCACUAUGAACCCUCUCCGUUGACAAACACGCGCUAUCCCACGGCUAAUGGCGAGCGCGCUGCAGAUGAAGCACUCCAGUCUGGAGCACACACGGAAGCGCGUAAUAGAUCCACGACGGAGACAAGCUGCACUCUCAUUCCUCAGCAACAUCUCUUUGGACGGACGACCUGUGCAGGAUGACGGGGAGAAUCAGACCGAGGAUGAGGACAGCUCGAGGACUAGACAGAGCCUGGUUUCUGCAAUGGGCCAGCAGGCAUUGGCCGCAGCAGCGAACCAGGCUCUCAGCAGUGCCCGAGCUGCUGGUUUCAUGGCUGGGAUCACGGGUCCCAGCGCGGCCGCCGCCGCUGCUGCUCCUCCUCCUCCUCCUCCAGCAUGCGGAGCGGAUGCGGAGGGGGAUGUGUGCGGCUCUCAGGUGCUCCAGUCCGUGUUCAGCUCCCCCUUUUCAGCAGUUCCACCGGCUACGAGAGGGAGACUCCAGACGUACACUCAGGGAAUCCUGCCUGUGUCCUACUCCAGGCAGUCCAGCCAGAACUACUGCUGUCUAGAGGGAGGGCAGAUAGCCAACUCUGCCCUGGAACUGCAAAGAUCCAGGCGGAGACUAAUAUCCCAGCGUUCCUCACUGGAGACUCUGGAGGAUAUUGAGGAGAAUGCCCCUCUACGCAGAUGCCGAACUUUGUCUGGUUCACCCCGACCAAAGAGUUUCAAGAAGGUCCACUUCAUCAAAAACAUGAGACAACAUGAUAUGCGCAAUGGAAGGAUAGUCCUUAUCAGUGGCAGAAGAUCCUUCUAUAGUGUUUUUUCUGUCCUGCCCUAUCGAGAUUGUAGCCAAACAGGGGAUGUGAAGGCAGAAAGCGGACGCCAGCGACACCCCUCGGGUGGCAUGAGUGCCAAGGAGAUGGUGAUCGGUCUGGAAGGUGUUGAAUUGGGUGCAGAUGGCAAGACAGUGUCAUACACACAGUUCCUGUAUCCAACCAAUGUCCUGGGUCGUCGAAACACCAUCGACUCCACGUCGUCUUUCUCUCAGUCUCGCAAUGCCAGCCACCGCAGCCUCAGCCUGGCACGUGCCAACAGUAACCAGAGUAGCCUUGAUACCGGGAAUGAACUGGGAGAUUUCAGGGAGUACGACCCCAAUCUUCUGGAUGACCCGCAAUGGCCAUGUGGAAAGCACAAAAGAGUGCUCAUCUUUCCUUCAUACAUGACCACAGUCAUAGAGUACGUCAAACCCUCUGAUCUCAAGAAGGACAUGAAUGAGACAUUUAAGGAGAAGUUCCCCCACAUUCGUCUAACACUGAGCAAGAUCAGAAGCCUGAAGAGAGAGAUCCGUAAACUAGCUCAGGAGGAGUGCGGCUAUGAGGAGUCGACGGUGGCCAUGGCGUUCGUUUACUUUGAGAAGCUGGUGCUCCAGGGUAAACUCAACAAACAGAACCGCAAACUCUGCGCGGGCGCCUGCGUCCUCCUCGCAGCAAAGAUCGGAGGAGACCUGAAGAAACACGAAGUCAAGCUCCUGAUUGAUAAACUGGAGGAGAGGUUUAGGGUGAACCGUCGAGAACUGAUAGCCUUCGAGUUCCCCGUUCUGGUGGCUCUAGAGUUCAACCUGCAUCUCCCAGAGCAUGAAGUCAUGCCCCAUUAUAGACGGCUUCUGCAAAACUCCUAGCGACAGCCCCCAUCAGGGGAGUCCUCCUUCUCUCCUGAUCUUCUCACCCCUGAAACCCCCUAUGCACAUCGCCAACGUCCACUAUCAUCUCCAGAUGUUGGAAUAAAGACACUAUUCCACUGUUCUCUUUUCAGCCAAAGUGACAACUCUAUAUUGUUUCCACUCUAAGAUGCUACUUUCUAAAGGGAAUAUGUUUUCCUGGACUGUUGAUUUCUCAGUUAAUUGAGGACAUUUUAAAGUGUUCGUUUUCCUGCUUACAGGGUGUAAGUGUUAAAGCUCAAGUGUUCAAAGGAAUAGUGAAAAUUCUGUCAUCAUUUGCUCACCCCCAUUUUAUAUCUAAAAGGAGAACCUUUGAAGAAUGUUCAUUCCUGCUCUUCUAUGUACACUGAAAGUUCAAAAGUCCAAAAACACACCAUAAAAUUACAAAAUUGCUGAUGAAAAUCAUUCCAAACCUGUUUGACUUUUUUGCUAAUGCAGAACUCAACAGAAAAUUUUGUCCAUACAAUGAAAGUCAGUGGGGUCCAAAAAUAGGAUCUCACUGACUUUCAGUUUUCUCUUUCCCCAUUGACUUUAAAUGUCAACUUUUGUGUUCGAAAGAGGAAGGAAAGUCAGUCAUGUUUGAAAUGGCUUGAGGGUCAGUGCGUGAUGACAGAGUUUUCAUUCUUGUGUGGACUAUCCCUUUAAUUAUUAUUUACUGCAAUUUUGUUCCAUGAAGAAAAGAACGGCAUACUGGUUGGAGCAAUGUUGGGUGAGCAAAUCAUGACAUGACUUUUUACAAGAACUGGCCAUUUCUAUCAAGUUUGGACUGUUUGAUAUUGUAUUCUUUCCAGAGGUUACAGUAUUCCUGUAUUUUUCCAUUCUUCUUCACAUCUUCCUUAAUCCCAAAGUUUGACACUCUGCCAAAUUUCUCUGCACUCGAUCACUCUCGGUUGAAAGCCUUAAAAAAAAAAAAGAGUCGAAUGAUCUUGAACUCUCGCAAGUAUGUGACUGUUCCUCGCUGAUGUUCUUCUUAUGUACUACAAGUGCACUUUUCAGGUCUUGUGUAUGGCAGACCUUUAUGGCAUCUGCAGAAGCUGUAGGUGGAGGGGUUUUCAUCUCAUUUCUCACUUAAGUUCAUUUCAGCCAGCAGUCCCUGUUAGUGUAACCACGAAGCAAAAAUAUGUUGCGGAUUAGUGGGACUUUUAUACAGUUCUUAAGGAGUACAUUUACGUACCCCUGUCGUUUUUUUUUUUACUCUUGUGUGUUGACUUUGACAGUUUAGUGGUGUGGCUUGCUGCACUCAUGGUUACGGUGUUCGUGCUCUAUGUUAGAGUGGAUUCUGAGCACAUUUGUAGUGCUACAUUGUAUGAAGCAACAUCAGGUCAUACCGCUGAUAAUCAACAGUGUUUUGCCUAACUAGGCUCAACAGUGGCGGCGGGAAUAAAAUCUGUAUGACUAAUAUGCUACGGUGUUGACUAAUGCAUGUACACCAAAGCAGUGUUAAACUUGCGUUUGACUUGUAAACGCUUCAUUUUGAAAAGAUGUUUGAUUUGAUGAUUAUUUUAAAUCUGUUUCCUCUCAACCAGAUAUUUUCUAUCACCAUUGGUGGUACAGAAUUGUGUGGAAGCUGGAUUUUAUCUCACAGCGCACAGACUGUGUUAUUACGUUCAUAAUUUUGUUUUGAAACGUGUAAAGUGUAUUAUGUUCACUAUGCACUACUCAGUUCCAUAAAUCAGUUAUAACCAACAGUUAGAGAUACAAAAUAAAAUCAGUUGAGAAGUAUCUAAUAGCAGAAGGAGUUAAGAGGAGUUUUAGAAGAGUAAUUGCAAAACUUGCAUUUAACCAUUUAAUUCUAAAAUGAAUAAUGCCUAGAAUGUGAAGAGUUAUAAAAGAACAAGAUUUGGCCUUGUGAAAUGCACUUUAGGAUUUGUUAGCAAGUAACUGGGAUGCCCAAAACAGAUGAAACAUUUGUACAAUGCAGAUACAUUUGUGUAAAUAUGCUGCUUUGCUUGUUCAAUAAAAAGCAAAAUUUUGAAA